AUGAGUCUUAUCAACAUCCAGUCCGCCGGCCAAUGGCAAGGCAUUCUAAGCGGUAACAAUGUCGUUAUCGCAGACUUCUACGCCGACUGGUGCGGCCCUUGCAAGCAGAUCGCACCCCACGUCGAACGUCUCGCGAAAGAACACUCCAAGCCGAAUAAGGUCGCCUUCUGCAAGAUCAAUGUCGACAGCCAGUCCACCAUCGCCCGCACUCACGGCGUCAGCGCCAUGCCCACCUUCAUCAUCUUCCACGGCGGCCAGGCGAUCGAGACCAUCAAGGGCGCGAAUCCGCCCGCCCUCACACAGGCCAUUCAAAACGCGCUGAAGCUCCCUGACAAGGGCGGCCGCUCCGCAGCCUCGUUCAAGACCCCCGGCCGGACGCUCGGCGGGGAUAAGCCCGCGCGGGCUAGUCUCCAGCGGCCGUUUGCUUGGCACUACCGCGAUAUUCUGAGCAACAUCAUUACGUUUAUUGGAUUGUAUCUGGUGUCUCUGUUUGCGAUUGAUCCCCACAAGGCGGCCGAGAUGUCGCAAUUUAACCGCGUGAACCCGCCCCCACCGACGGUCAAAUCCACAAAGAGCGCUGGCCCCGGCACGAGACAGCCGCCGAGGGGGCCAGCUUUCAAGACCCUGGCUGAUUUGGGCGGCGAUGAAUGA